UGGGCAGCAUAAGCAGCAUUUCAUGCCAAUUGAUUAAGUUUCCUUCGUUUUUUAUUAUUCGUAAACUGUAAAUACCUACUUAAAACGGCGAUUCCUAAAAAUCUUAUUACUUGACGCUGGCUAAUGCACAAACGUGCCGGAUCCAAAAACUAAGAAGAAGAAUAUGUUGUACCAAAAAAAUCUAUGGUAGAAUGUCUACUUGUAUCCAAAUAGUAAAUAAAUUAGGGUACACAGGUACAUACCUACCUACUUAUCUACAUUAAUUAACUUUACCUUAUCACAACAGGAAAAUAUCAGAAAAAAGCAGGAAUAAAAAAUUAAAGAUUAACCCAAAGAAUACAGUGAUACAAGGGGUCUAUCGUAAUCGUAACCAAUUUGGUGAUAAAUCAUUGUUUAAUGCUGUAGUCAACGUAUCUUAAAGAUUUAAUUUCUAUCAUGGGCGACUCAGAAUUGGCUUAUGGAUCUUCGUUAACGUUGGAUUCCAUGAAAGUGAUAGCAGAGAGUGUUGGUAUCGCCACUCUUGGCGAUGACGCUGCUAAGGAACUCGCUGAUGAUGUUACAUAUCGCUUGAAAGUGAUUGUUCAAGAUGCCAUGAAGUUCAUGCAUCACUCAAAGAGACAAAAACUUUCCAUUACAGAUAUAGAUCAUGCCCUGAAGAUAAAAAACAAUGAGUGUCAAUAUGGAUUUAUUCAGCCUGAUUCGCUGCCAUUUAGGUUCGCAUCUGGAGGAGGUAGAGAACUCCAUUUCAUUGAAGAAAAAGAGAUAGAUCUUUCGGAGAUCCUAUCAGCACCACCCCCAAAGGUUCCAUUGGAUGUAUCUGUUCGUGCACAUUGGCUAAGUGUGGAUGGGGUUCAACCAACAGUACCUGAAAAUCCACCACCGCUUUCAAAAGAAGCUCAGAAACUUGAAUCUGUUGAUCCAAUAAGUAAACUGAGUAAACCAAGCAAUAAAGAUUCUGCAGGUAAACCUAUAUGUGGCAAAGCAGCAAGAUUGAAAGCAUCAGAAUCUGUGCAUGUUAAACAGCUUGCUACCCAUGAAUUGAGUGUUGAACAGCAGCUCUAUUAUAAAGAAAUCACAGAAGCCUGUGUUGGCAGUGAUGAAACAAGACGUGCUGAAGCGCUCCAGUCCUUAGCUUGUGACCCAGGACUACACGAGAUGUUGCCCAGAAUGUGUACUUUUAUAUCUGAAGGUGUGAAGGUUAAUGUCGUACAAAACAAUCUGGCUCUUCUCAUUUACCUGAUGCGAAUGGUUAAGGCACUACUUGAUAACCAGUCACUAUAUUUGGAAAAAUAUUUACACGAGUUGAUUCCGUCCGUGUCGACAUGCAUAGUAUCACGACAGCUGUGCCUUCGUCCCGAGAUGGAUAACCACUGGGCCCUGCGAGAUUUCGCCGCGCGACUCAUGGCUCAGAUAUGCAAAACAUUCAAUACUUCAACCAAUAAUCUACAAACGAGAGUCACCAGGUUGUUCGCGAAAGCCCUCCAGUGCCCUUCACAAACAAACAACGAAACGGGUCCUUCUAUGGCGAGCAUGAAGGAAUCGGAGAAGACUCCUCUCGCGUCGCUGUAUGGAGCCGUGCAAGGAUUGGCAGAGCUGGGCCCCGAAGUCGUUAAAGUGUUCAUUCUGCCGCGCGUGCGUUGGUUGGGAGAGCGCGUGGAGGGCGCGCUGAGCGGUAUCGGUGGCGCGGACCGACUGGCGGCCGGCAACCUCAAGCACCAGCUGCUGAAAGUCCUGGCCCCUGUCGUCCGACAACUGCGGCAACCGCCCGACCAACCCGAAGACUACAAGCGCGACUUCGGGUACCUGGGUCCUAGUCUCCAACAAGCCGUCAGCAAGAUACGCUCGUCUCCCUCGUGCAGUACCGCAGGAGGCGCCGUGGCGGUAGUCACCUGCACGCCGCCCCUAUUGCCUACCGCGCCCUCGCCUUCGCCUUCCAAUAUAUCGCAUACUACAAAGACUGAAACAGUGACCACUCGUAACCUGGUGAUAGCGUCAUCGACGCCACAAUCACCGGCCCCGUCUACACCGCCGCCACAGAAAUUUGUCAUUGUCGCAUCUCAGCAAAAACCUACACAGAUUCAAUCUUCGAGCGGUACGGGGCACAUCGUAGUACACAGUUCGCAGCCAACCAUAGUGAGGAGUCAAAACGUUCAGUCGGUGGUGGUGACGAGCGGACCGGCGCCGGGCGGCGCAGCGCAGAAGUUGAUGGUCGUCGGAGUGCAGCCGCAGCACAACCAAGGACAGGUCAGCCAGGUUUGUGACACGCACCCACACUACACGCACAAACACAUUACCACGCACACGUACACGUACCCAAAAAAUCACACACACAUAUGCUUAAAACACACACACACACACACACACACAACACAAGCAACACAACACACACACCAUAACACACACACAACACAACACACACACACACACACACACCACACAACACACACACACACACAACACACAACACACACACACACAUAACACACACACAACACGCACACACACACGACACACGAACACGCACACACACACGACACACGAACACACACACAUACACACGCAGAUAGAGAAAGACACGCAAACGCACACGCAUACACAUACCUCAUACACUCUUUAGGAUCAUAGAACCACUUUGAUGCUUUCUUUAUUGCUUUUCUGGGUGGAUUUGAAUAAUAUACUAGGCGAGUUGUAUUGUAUGCAUCACAGUCUUUUAUCUCUAUAAUUAUAUUAACGAAGCGAAAAGUACUUACUACAUACAGUUCUCCCUUUUUUAGGUAUAAAAAAUAUCUCACGAAAUUAAUAAUUUAACAAGAACACAAUAGUAUCCUGUUCGUAAGAAUAUACAUAAUAAUAUACUAGCACAUAAUUUACACAUUACAGGUAUAGAUUAAUUUAACGGGAGCUUCAUUCUGUAUUUGCGAUUGAAAGAUGAAAUAGUAUUUUAAGUGUGUAAGUACCUUCCCGGAGAUAAGUGUUCAUUUAAAUUUUUAAUUGUUUGUUUGAAAUGUUUUAAUUUUCAUUUACCAUCAAUAAAACAAUAAUUAAUUCUAAUUGUACAAAAAUCCUUAAUCAUAAGAUCCUAUACGAUUUUAUAGAUCUAUUAGGAGUUUUGUUAGGGGCGAAAAUAACUUCUGGAUCACAAAAAAUUUCGUAUUUAAUAAAACCACACAAUAUAUUAAUUAUUUACUGUAGGCGCCAGUGUCGGUGGUGGCGAAGCCCGUGUUCGCUCGUGGGGGCGGCGGACCACAACCUCCGCCUGAACUAGACGACCUCUCUCAUCUCGCCUGACAGCCACAGAAGCUCAACUUCACCUAUAUCAAACAAUCUAAGAAGAAUUAAUUAUGAGAAAAUACUUAUUGCCAAUCGUUUGUUAAAAAAUGACAAUAUGUUGAUUAUGGUGGUACGUUAAACAAAUAAAUUUGAUGAUUUAU